AGAGGCAAAAAGAGUCGGUUCUCUUCUCAAUUCCACACUUGUCCAAUUUCAUUGCGUUUGCGAUUCUUUUCUAUAACAAAAAAAAAUUAAAUUAAAAUUAAACAAAAUCAACGCAUUCUAACUUAAUAUAUUAACAACUGUGAUCGUCAACAUCCGAAAUAAUAAUAUAAAAGUAAAGCACGAAAAGAAUUGCCAAGUUAGUUAUAUAUUAUUUUCAUCAGCAGCAAAAUCAUCCCCACCCCGCAACUCACCAACAAACAAAACUUCCGUGCUUUAGCCUCUCAACACCAACAACCACUGCAACAAAAAUAUAAAAAAAGGGGGAAAAAAAAACUAAGCUAAAAAUCUGUGAACAAAGUGCUCUUCAGCAGCAGUGCAUAUUUCUACAAAAAACAAAAGGACACAGACACCUCGAUAUAAACAAUACAUUUGUGUGUUAAACAAAAACUUCUACAAAAAGUUUACAAAGCUGUGUUUUGGAUCCAGCAGCAUUUCAGAAGCAGAAACUGCGCAAGUGCCUCCGCUACCGCCCACUCAGUGUUGUGUAGUAGUCCGUAACUAAAUUUGUUGCUACACGUCUCCAGCAAUGGUCAUGGAUGCGACCCAAUCGCAGCAGCCAUCACCGCAAUCGGUGGGACGCGAAUUUGUGCGUCAAUAUUACACGUUGCUAAACAAGGCGCCCAAUCAUUUGCAUCGGUUCUACAAUAACAACUCAUCGUUCAUUCAUGGUGAAUCGACACUGGUGGUGGGUCAGCGUGAUAUUCAUAAUCGUAUCCAGCAGCUUAAUUUCAAUGAUUGUCAUGCCAAGAUCAGUCAGGUAGAUGCCCAGGCAACAUUGGGCCAGGGCGUUGUAGUCCAGGUGACAGGGGAGUUAUCCAAUGAUGGCCAGCCGAUGCGUCGAUUUACUCAGACUUUCGUAUUGGCCGCACAGUCGCCGAAAAAGUACUAUGUGCAUAAUGACAUCUUCCGUUAUCAGGAUCUAUACAUUGAAGAUGAACAAGAUGGCGAAUCGCGCUCUGAGAAUGAUGAGGAGCAUGAUAUUCAGGUGCAGGUAGGCAGCAAUGUCGAUCAGGGUGUUCAGGUAGUUGGUGAUAUGAGUCAACCGCCACCACAACAACAACAGCUUCCAGCUCAGGCUCAGGUAGUGGUGCCGGCCCAGCAGGUGGCACCAACAGCUGCUGGAAGUGGGCCGCAGCCAAUAUUCUAUCCUAUGCCGCAGUCAGGUGCUCCAGCUGGCCGGGGACCCGUUCCUGUUUUACCAGCUGCUCCUCAGGCUGCCGCUGUGCCAUUGCCGGCCCAGUUUGCCAAUCAACAACCCAUCCAAAACGGCGUAGUUUCGCAUGAGGAACUGCAGCAGCAGCAGCAAGGUCCCCCUCAGGCCUUGGUGCAACCUAGUGCCUCCCCUCUGAUACAACAACAACAACAGGCUCCAAGUGGGGCUCCAGUAUUGCCAACUAAUGUCGGAAUUGUGCCAGUCCAGUCUACUAGCUUCCAGCAAUCUCCUCUGGUAGCUCCUCAGCUCAUUCAGCCGCAACAGCACCAGCCACAGCAGUUGCCGCCGCAGCAGCAGCAACAGGCAAUUCUACCGCCACAGCAGCAAUUGAUCGAGCCCGAGGAACCGGUGAGUGCUCCCAUCAAUGUCCAGAGCACCAAUGAGGUUCACACCAACACUAGUCGCCAACCGCAAAAGCCUUCCACACCCGUCGACGACUUCAAGACCAUUCACGAACAGCAACAGCAGGAAAAAUACGAGGCAGCCAAGCAGCAACAGAAUGAGCCCAAGACCUAUGCAAAUCUCUUUAAGUCAACGUCAUCGUCGCCCAGUGGUUUUGUUAAUGCAGCACUGCAGCAGCAACAACAACUGCACCAGCAACAGCAGCAAUCAAUUAACAAUUCCUACAACAACUCUUCCUCGUCGACGACAAACAGUGCUGGCGGCAAUGGCAGUGGCCAGGUUAGCUACUCAACUACGGCCUCGUCAUAUAACAACUCCACUGGCAAUAAUAAUGGUAAUUCACGUCUGGAUAAUGGCGGUCCAUUGCCACAGCGCAACAAUUCAAUUAGAAAUAACAAGGGUGAUUUUGAGCAGCGUCGCCCGAGCAAUGCGCAACAGUUUGGCGAUAAUCAACAACUUUUCCUUGGCAAUAUCCCCCAUCAUGCUAGCGAAGAUGAGCUACGCGAAAUUUUCUCACGGUUCGGCAAUGUUAUUGAGCUGCGCAUCCUGUCCAAGUCGGGCAAUAAGGUGCCACCAGGCAUACGCAGUCCCCUGAACUAUGGCUUUAUUACCUAUGAUGAUUCUGAAGCAGUGCAAAAGUGCCUGGCCAAUUGCCCCCUGUACUUCCCCGAAAAUUCUCCAGAUGGACAAAAACUGAAUGUGGAGGAGAAAAAGCCACGCAUGCGCAACGAUAUGGCCCCACGACAACCAAUUGGCGGUGGUAAUAAUCUUAACAACAAUAUGGGACGUAUUGGUGGUGGCAAUAAUGGGCCACAGUCACGUCCAAUGGGUAAUGGCGGCGGCGGCGGUGGUAUGAUGCGUAAUACAGGAGGCAGCGGUGGCAAUAUGCGGGCUGGUGGCGGCGGAGGAAAUGGAGCUCCACGUCUUGGCGGCGGCGGCGGUGGUGGAAGUUUUGGCCAACGCAACGAUAAUCGCGGCAGUGGUAAUCAAUCCAAUGGACCUCUACGGGGCUCCGGCAACGGACAGAGCGGCGGAGGUGGCAACUAUGGACGUCGCUAAAAACCACAUAGUCCAAACAAAACAAAAAAAACAUCAAACAAAGCAACAUUAAAAAGCAGCCAGCAGCAGUAGCCAAUCGCAACACCAGCAGGCCUGACAUCGGUAAUUGGCCGCAGCAGCAAGAAAUAAAUAAUAGCAACAGCAGCCCAACGUUUAAAAACAUCGACAUCUUCCACACAAUGCAAUCACACACACAUACACAAAAUUUGAAACACCCACUUAACAUGGCGGUUGGAACACACACAAACUGUUCUGUUUGAUUAAAAUGUUCCUGAGAGCACAACAACAACGAUGACAAACCACAUUGAGUUUGUGGCUCACCUUGCUGCAAAUUCAAACAAAAAAAACAAAAACAAAACAAAUUAGAAUCAAGAAACUAUAUUGCUUUCGGGUCAAUAUUUUAGUUAAAUUAAGUUAAGCCCGCUUUUUUCCAGACAGUUCGUGCCAAAUGAAAGCAAAAUUCUGUUCAAAUUUUUGUUGUAAAUCACACACACACACACACACACAUAAAUGUAAAACACUGCACAGAAUAGUGCAACAAGCAGCAGUCCUUUUCCUCCUCCAUAAUCUAUCGCCGCUCCCCUACACACACACACACACACACACUUUCACACACAAACACUCGUAUAUAUAUGCUCCUUUAUAUUUCUAUAUGUACACUUGUGUAUUAUGUUUAAGUCUCAAAAACAUGUAUCCCACCAUCUACACACACACACACAAACACACACACGCCCCCAACUCAUUCACACACCCACACAUACAUACUUAGCAUAAAUGUAAACCAUAGUUUCUCGUUUGGCAAAUUAAUUUUUUCAAAAUAUUUAAGUUUAACUUAA